GCACACACGCGCCACGGCCGCUCCGUGACCGUGAGGCCGCCCCCCGCCCGCCCGCGCCGAGAGAGAGAGAACCGCAGCGCCGGGCAUGCAGCGCCUCGCCUCCUCCCGGAGGCUCCUCCGGGCCGCGCUCGCCCCUGCCAGGGCCAACUCCAGCCUCUCCGCGGCCGUCGCCGCGCCAGCGCCGGAGAAUGGCGCCGCGUCCCCGAAGAUGCCGGGCUUCGACUACACGCCGCCGCCCUACGACGGCCCGCGGGCCGAGGAGAUCUUCCGGAAGCGGGCCGAGUUCCUCAGCCCGUCCCUCUUCCACUUCUACGACCGCCCCUUGAACAUAGUUGAUGGAAAGAUGCAGUACCUAUUUGAUGAGGAUGGCCGUCGUUACCUGGAUGCUUUUGGUGGCAUCGCAACAGUUUGCUGUGGGCACUGCCAUCCUGAUGUUGUUGAAGCCAUGGUAAACCAGGCAAAAAGGAUCCAACACUCCACAGUUCUGUAUCUCAAUCAUGCCAUUGCAGAUUUUGCAGAGGCAUUGGCAUCCAAAAUGCCUGGUGAUCUGAAGGUAGUUUUCUUCACAAAUUCAGGCACGGAGGCAAAUGAGCUCGCACUGAUGAUUGCACGUCUUUACACUGGUUGCAAUGACAUUAUCUCGCUUCGGAAUGGAUACCAUGGAAAUGCUGCUGGAACAAUGGGUGCUACCGCGCAGUCCAAUUGGAAAUUCAAUGUUGUUCAGGUGGGAGUACACCAUGUGCUUAACCCAGACCCCUACAGAGGUGCUUUUGGCUCUGAUGGCGAGAAAUAUGCCAGAGAUGUUCAGGAAAUCAUUGAAUUUGGGACUACAGGGAGAGUUGCUGGUUUCAUUUCAGAAGCCAUACAGGGGGUUGGUGGAAUAGUGGAAUUGGCACCAGGAUACUUGCCAGCAGCAUAUGAUAUAGUAAGGAAAGCCGGUGGUCUCUGCAUUGCUGACGAAGUUCAGGCGGGUGUCGCACGAACUGGAAGCCACUUCUGGGGAUUUGAAGGCCACGGUGUUAUCCCAGACAUAGUUACCAUGGCAAAGGGUAUUGGAAACGGCAUACCGAUAGGAGCUGUCGUGACAACACCGGAGAUUGCUCAGGUGUUGACCCGUAGAAGCUACUUCAACACCUUUGGUGGUAACCCCGUCAGCACAGCGGGUGGGCAUGCGGUUCUCAAAGUGCUGGAGAAGGAGAAGCUCCAGGAGAACGCGUUUGUUGUGGGCUCCUAUCUGAAGGAACAGCUUAACAAGCUGAAAGAGAAGCAUGACAUCAUCGGUGACGUUAGGGGGAAAGGCUUCCUUCUUGGAGUUGAGUUAGUGACAGACCGUGAAAAGAAAACGCCAGCCAAAGCUGAGAUCUCACAUGCCAUGAACCACAUGAAAGAUUUGGGGGUGUUGGUUGGGAAGGGCGGUUUCUACGGGAACGUGUUCAGGAUAACACCUCCGUUGUGCUUCACUAAAGAGGACUCUGACUUCUUCAUUGAUGUGAUGGACAUCGCGCUCUCGAAGCUGUGAGGCAGGCUGUGCGAAGAUGAUGCCAUGUACAUCUGUUGAUCCGUAAAUAAGAGGAGAUUUGCCAGACAGCACCUCGUUGUCUCGUAAUCUGUGCUCGCCAGCUUCAGCUUCCUCCAGUCUGCUGUUCCUCCUUAUCUAGUCGUUUAACAACUCCUUGUUUGAGAUCAAUAAUUAGUUCUUUUUCUAUGUUAUAUGAGCCCUGUAUUUCUGCUAUCCAGAAACAAACCCCUGUCACUAUUAGGAGAUGCAGAGAUACAGCUUUACGUA